GUGACAGCAGGUGAAUAUGCAGUUCUGGCUCUUAAAUAAGCGUGUGUGAUUUUACUUUUUUUUUAUCACCCGUCCCUUAUUAUUAUUUUCUCUCUCUCUCUUUCUUUUAAUUAUAACAAUUUUUUUUACAGUAAAAAAAGCUGAAGACUCGUCUUUGGUUUACGUUUUAAAAAAAAAAAAAUUGUGGAUACAGAGUUUUUUUAAUAAUAAUGAUGGAAAUGAGCUGCGAUGUACAAGCUAGUUUGCCAACAAAAGCAGCAGGACUAUCGGAAACUUCUUCCAUAGGAGGAGGAGGCGAUGCAGUAAAUAUGUUGUUGGCCAGAUUAGAUGAAGGAACACAAACAAUCAUCAAUUUACGUUCUAUCUUGACGUUGAAGACAGCGGAAUUAAACGAACUGUUGGCACAACUAGAACUGACCAAUCAAGCCAUUACUACUGUAGAAUCCACCACGACACAAAUUGAAAGCAUGUUGCGCGAUUUUGGUUUAUCACCCGAUAAAGAAUCUCUAUUAAUGAAUGCCGAGGCAUCGCUUGAUUCCGCCAUCAAGUCGGCUACUAGUAUUUAUCCCUUGCAGUUAAAACAACCAUUGAUUCGCCGUCCUUCUUCUGCCAGUACCAACAGCAGUAGUGCUGUGGAUGUGAAUGAAAAACGACUUAGUAAUGCUAGAUUGUUUACGACAAGAAUCCGAUAUAAACCCGAUACAAAGCAUAUCUUGAGAAAAUUAAAUGAUUUAUUACGAGAUUUGGAAUUAGAUUCGGGAAAAUUCUUUGCUAGUAUUGGCACCACCGAUGAUUUUGAAGUGUUACAAAAAGCAUAUGUUGAUCUGGAUAUUGCUAAAACCAUCUCACUUUCUGCAAAGAGUAAUAUGAAGAGACGAAACAUCCUGCUUCGAAGUGCUAGACGUAGAAAUAAACUGGAUGAGAUUCAAGUGCUCGGUGAUAAAAUCCGUGAAGGAGUUUUCCUUUGGAUGACUUACACGAGAAAUACUCCUUUAUUAGUGAAUGGCGAGGAUAUCAUCACUGUAUUGGAUCGUGAAGAUACAUUGCUUUCAAAGAAUCAACCUAUUCCCUCAUCUCGAGUUUCAUAUGACGGAAGAGUCAAUAGCGGUACAGGUAUUACAUUGACACCUUCCACCUCUUCCCAAACAACAAGAACAGCUUCAGUCAGACACAGUUUAUCAUCCACAUCCAAUACCACCAACAAUGAGAGUCCUCCUACACCUGUCAAGAAGACACAUAGUCGUAAUUCGUCCAUUGUCUCUGCUGACUCGUUCCCACCCGUCAAUACCAAACGAUUCUCUCACAAUCGUACACCUUCUUCAGUUAUAGCGAUGGAUUCCAUGAUUCCACCUGUACCUCCUCUUCCUUUAACACUCCCUGUGGCCCCAGUGACCAGUACUGUGAAUAAUAAGAAACUUUAUCGACAAUCAGCAGGACCUCGUCUGACACAGGUGAAGGCAAAUGUUGGUUUACCACGUGUGCGUACCACAUCCAUCACACAACAGCAACAACAAAAGUCAUCCUCUACACCACCACGCGAAUCACCUAUCCUUUCUGCUAGUAUGAAACCCACGAGUUCAGCAGCAGCAACAAUAUCUAAUCGACAAUCAGCCAUUCCUUUACCCCCUUCACAAGUUACAUCAACACCCACCACAUCAACAGCGACAUCAGCAGCAGCAGUAGCAGCAGCAGCAGCAGCAGCGGUUACAUCGCCUGACAGUACCAAGAAAUCUCUAUUAAAACCACCUACGCAACGUGGACCUGGUUCCACUCUGAGAUUAAGAAGUAUGUUGGCCAAACGAGGUCAACCCUUACCACCUAUGCCAGCUAGGAAAAAUGGCAACAAUAACACCGAUUAACUCAUUCCACACAUAUAUAAUUUAAUAUUUUCUUUUAAGCCCCUCCCCCUUUUUCUUUAUAAGCCUAUAACCCAAACACACACACACAAGCAUUUUUUUUAAAACCCUCU